UCUUUCCCUCCCGUCCAUCCCCAUCCCCCUGUCGGCCUGUCCUGUUUCCAAAAGCGCCCGUCGAGGCCGCCGGUGACCCUCACCAUCGGAGCCCUCCCCACGCCAUCGUCGGAGGGAGUUGUCGCCUCGGCUAGGCUAGCGUCGUAUCCGACGCGUCUACGCGCCCCAGCUCCCAGUCUCCCCGCCUCAGUGAUGGAUAGGUGCGAGAUGGAUGAGGGGAGGAGCGGGGAUGGUGCAGUGGCCAAAGGAGGCGUGGCGGCGGCGUCGGGAGCUGUGGGAGAUGGACCUCACUGCUGCCCACUGUGAUGAGCCUCGCCGUCGCCAUCCCAUGGUGCUAUGAUGCCCGUACGAUGGCCGGUCAGGUCCGUAUUGUGUGGUGAGAUCCGCCCGGCGGGGAGCCACACAAGGUCCAAUAUGCACGCGAGGGAACAACAACGUCAGAUGGACUGGCCCGAUGUGAGGGUGACCACGGGCAUCCAGUCGUAUGACACACCGCUCCCAUCGGUGAGGCCAAAUCCCCAUAUUAUUCAUCCAAAGUGGACGAAGUGGCAAGAACUGACAAUUAAUCGAUUUACUGUAUGCACAUGCGUUCAUCUGCUCCUCUGGCCACUUCAUGCCAUGCGUGCGCGCAGUCCUUGCCUCAUUGGUCAUAUUCACGCUCAUGGCGAGCCUCGGUGGCCUGCGGCCGCCGGCGUGCCCGCUCGGCCGCUGCGAGCAGGCGUCGACGGGGCGGAUGGCGGCCAUGUAUGCUGGCAGCACCAAUAUUCAUGUGCCUGAAAAACCUCGGACAGUAAAGACUGAAGUAUGUAAAUAAGGUUUUUCAUAGUGACACUGACAAAGCUUAUGCAUGAGAUGGAGCAUCCUUGUACAUUACUUUGCAGGUUUCAAGCCUUUUGAUGGAAGCUUCUGUAUGUGAUGGAAGCUCCUGUAUGUGGGGCCAUUGAUAACACAGCCUUCCCUAUUCUGUUGAGACUCUUCUUUUUUGUAGAUUUUUCUAUUUACUCCAUAGUUCAAAGCUGGUGCUUUUGUGAAUUUAAUUUGAGAGUAUUUGUUGGUUAUGUAACUGAAUUUGGACCUCACAAUCAGCUAUUAAUUUUCUCUCUGGAAAUUUUGAUAGACAAGAUUAAUAUUCCAAACGUAUUCA